UCUUGGCUCAUUUUUCUAUCUUGCAAAAACACACACCAAAAAAACCAAAAUAAAAAAAAAUAACUUUAGCCAUGACAAAGGAGGAAAUUGCCACUACAAAUGUGAACAUCUUGAAAAAAUCAAAUGUGAAGCCACAAAAACCACUAGGGAAAAAAGAAUGUCAAUUAGUAACAUUUGAUUUACCUUACUUAGCUUUUUAUUAUAACCAAAAGUUGAUGGUUUACAAAUUAGGGGCUGAAAGCUUUGAGGAAACAGUAGAAAAAUUGAAAGAUGGUUUGGCUUUAGUGUUGGAAGAUUUUUAUCAACUUGCUGGGAAAUUGGGAAAAGAUGAUGAAGGAGUAUUUAAGGUGGAAUAUGAUGAUGAUAUGGAUGGAGUUGAGGUAAUUGUGGCUGAGGCUCAAGAGAUUCAAGUUGCUAAUCUUACUAAUCAUCAAGAAGGGAUUAAGAAAUUCCAAGAUUUGAUACCUUAUAACAAAAUCUUGAAUUUAGAAGGACUUCACAGGCCUCUACUCGCCGUACAGCUCACCAAGCUUAAAGACGGGCUGGCAAUGGGAUUAGCAUUUAAUCAUGCUGUGCUGGACGGUACCUCCACGUGGCACUUCAUGACUUCCUGGGCCCAGCUCUGUAGUGGGGCCACCUCCAUCUCGGUCCCACCUUUCCUCGAACGAACUAAAGCUCGUGACACUCGAGUCAAACUCAACCUAUCUAAGCCAUCCGACGCACCGGAACAUGCCAAGUCGGAUCCACCUAUGCGUGACAGGGUGUUCAAGUUUUCCGAAUCAGCAAUUGAUCAAAUCAAGUCAAAAGUCAAUACGAACCCACCAGAAGAAGGCACAAAUAAUACGUCGUCGUUUUCUACUUUCCAAUCCCUCUCCGCGCACGUGUGGCUAGCUGUCACACGUGCGAGGCAGCUCAAACCGGAGGAAUACACGGUUUACACCGUGUUCGCUGAUUGCCGUAAAAGAGUCGAUCCGCCGAUGCCGGAGAGUUACUUCGGAAACCUAAUUCAGGCGAUUUUCACUGUAACGGCUGCGGGAUUGCUGCUAUCGAAUCCGAUUGAGUUUGCGGCAGGGAUGAUUCAGCAAGCAAUAGCGAAGCACGAUGCGAAGGCGAUUGAAGAAAGGAACAAGGAAUGGGAGAGCAGUCCGAAGAUAUUUGCGUAUAAAGAUGCCGGAGUGAACUGUGUGGCGGUGGGAAGUUCGCCGAGGUUUAAGGUGUAUGAGGUUGAUUUUGGAUGGGGAAAAGCGGAGAUCGUGAGGAGUGGGUUGAACAAUAGAUUUGAUGGGAUGGUGUAUUUGUAUCCAGAGAAAAAUGGAGGAAGAGGAAUUGAUGUGGAGAUUAGCUUGGAAGCAAAUGCUAUGGAGAGGUUGGAGAAGGAUAAAGAGUUUCUUAUGGAAGCUUAAUUCAUUUGCUUUUGCUUUUGCUUAAUUGGUAUGUUUUUGUUUUUUUUUUGAGUUUAUUUAUUAUUGUUUUAUCAUGUGGUAUGUUUCUGUUUUUUUUUUCUCAGUUGGUAUAAAGGAAUAAUGUUCGUUUUUGUGCUUAAUGUGUUAAAUAUUAUUUGGAUGUCA